UUUUAUUACCCUAGGGAGGCGGGAUUUUUUUGUGAAAGGAGUUUCAGUAAUAAAAAGGAAGUUUUCCUGUUUGAAACUGAAUUGAUGGUCAUUUGCAAACACUACAUGAAGCAGUAGUCUAAGAGUUGAUCACAGUUAGUUCUAAAUGGUCUAAAUGGAGUAUUUACUCUUCAAAACUACUGCAUUUCUUUUAUUAGGAUUUUGCUCGUGCCAAAAUGGGUUACUACUGAAUGGACCUCUGAAUGGAGCAGUAGGAGGGAGUGUGAAGUUCACCCUCAUUAACCCACCAUCUACACAGCCUGAUGGAAUCAUCUGGAGUUUUAAAGGAAAUAGAGAGGUUACAAUCGUCGCUUCAUUUGGUGAAAGUGAGGAUCCAACAGUUGAUUAUGUUGGCAGAAUCUCUUUGGACAAAACCACCGCUUCACUGGAGCUCAGGGGCCUGACUCUCAAUGACACUGGGCUGUACACUGUGAGCAUCACCAUCAGUGGUGUAGAAAGCCGGGGAGAAACAUCACUGACAGUGUUCGCGAAGGUAUCUACCCCUACCAUCGAAAGCUCCGGGGGCACCCUCAUAGCAGGCAACAGCUCUGUCACCUUAACCUCAGGUCAGGGCACCAUCAUCACCAGAGCGUGGACGAAGGGUGGCCAACCACUUUCUCCUAGCAACAGAACCACCUUCAGUGAAGAGAACAGAACGCUGUCCAUCAGCCCAGUAGAGAGUGGAGACAAUGGGCAGUACACAUGCACCGUCAACAACCUUGUCAGCUCUGCCCGUGAGACCCACACACUUGAGGUCAAUUAUGGGCCUCAUAAUGUCCACAUUAGUCCACUCGACGUUGUAACAUCUGGGGAUAGAGUGUCUCUGGAGUGCUUGGCUGACUCUGUUCCUACUGCGAGUUUAACCUGGAUGUUCAACGGGAGUGAAACAGGAAGCGAUUCACAGCUCAUCAUUGACAAAGUGGACCACAGCCAUGCUGGGAAGUACACCUGCACAGCCUGGAAUAGUGUGACCAGACUAACGGCCUCCGCUGAGCAGAUGCUCCACGUAACAGAUUUUUCUGCUCAUUCCAGUCCACUGUCUGGUGGAGCCAUAGCGGGGAUUGUGAUUGGCUCAGUGGCAGGGGCAGGUGUGGUUGCUGGCGUAAUAGCAUUUGGUCUAAAGAUGGCUGAGGUAUGGUAGUGCUUCAUGGAGAGUCUGGGAUUAUUUCUAAAUAAGAUUUCAGACUUAUGAUGUUCUAAGGGAGCUACGUAGACAGCUUUGAAGUAAUAUAAAACAGUUAACAUCAAUUUUAUAUCUGAAAAUGAUUUUCUUGUACCUUCUCAUUAAAUAGUUCAAUACCUUCAAAAUAUGUGGUAACUAUCAAUACAAAGCACUUGCAUACAAGGAUUUUGAUAUAAAACAUGUAAUCAUUUCUAACGCACAAUUAUGUAUGAAACUAAUCACACAUGCUCUUCAAAAAGCUUACCCUAACUUCUGUGUUUCAGUGUUUUAUAGAAAAGCUCUCAUAAAGCAUUCAACUCAAA